GCAUUGUGAAGUAGAAGAAAAUCCAUUAACAUAUAUGUAUGUAUUUACAUACAUAUCUAAUAUACGGCAGAUAUAAAAUUCUCACGUCACCUGUUGCCAAAUUCCUCCGAAACGGCUGAACCGAUUUUUUUGAAAUUUUGUGUACAUAUCGGAUAGGUCUGAGGAUCGGCUAUAAGCUACUUUCAUACACACAUAAAUGUUAAGAGUGGUUGACAGUUUUCACUUUUAAAUGUGUUAUACAUAUGUAAAUCAACUCGUGUUGUGAGCUCCCGACAACAACGGUCGUUACUUUACCGGUACAUUUCAUUAUCAACAUUUUGUGGAAAUAGUUUUAAAUUAAAAUCUUUAUAAUUAUAAGAUAAACGAAUUCAAUAUUAAGUUAUUUUGUUUUUCAACAAUGAGCAUUUCAAAUUGAUUUACUUUAUGCCAACAAAGAAUAUAACGAAGAGAAGUGUUGUCAGAUGUUGAUUACGAGUAAUAUGCUCAUUUCAAAGUGGCCAUUGGAACUUGGGUCAAGGAAAGCUCACAUUGUCGUGAACAUACAUUUAAAAAUGAGCCAGUCAGAAUAUGUUCCCCGUCAGGAAUAAUUACGUCCUGAAAAUGGAAGUGCGUAAGAAUUGUGCUGACAGUUUCGGUAAUGGAAGUGGGACUCGUGUUUUUUUGGAUAUACCAGGUUUAUCUGGAAAACAAUCCUUAUUUCGCUCCUAAUAAUUUCGCUGGGAUAUAAUACAAAAAACGAAGUCCUCUAGCAUUGUAGCAGCUUUAUUAAAUACACAUUCAAAAUAACCCAUAUGCACUACGCAACCUAAAAAUCAAUCUCCAUGGCCACAGAGCUGAAACAAUAUGAAUAUAUUAUUUGGGAUGUAUGUACUGUAGUACACAAACAUCUGAUUGAGACAUUGGAAAGGAUAUUAAAAGAUAUAAAAAACAACGACCAACUAUUUGGAGAUACUCCGUUACUUCUUUCAGCGGAUCAUGCGAGGCGAGGAGGCCGACAAGCCUGUUUUGUAAAUUGUGGGAACAAAGAUUAUUAAGGACGGCGAAAAAGAUCGUUUGCGUCUAUUUGUGUCAGAUGGAAAAUGUAUCAGUAGUUAUUGCAUGUUAGCAACUCAACUCAAUCAAUUGCAUGUGGAAGGAAAGCUCUCAGAAUACACAAUAGUGCGAGUGGACAAAUACAUAACAUCUGCGGUCAAUGACAAUGUUGCUAGAAAGCGUGUUCUCAUAAUCGUCGAAUUGAGUGUUUUAAAACCGGGCAAUGAAGUUGGUAAAAAGAUCGGUACUCCAGUUUCAUACACCGAGGAAGACGCAGCACAAAGUAAUACAGCGAGUUCGUCCAACAAUGGUACUGUUCCCAAACCUACGGCUACAAGUAAUGCAAAGGAAGCAGAACCCCAUCCAUCACCCUACAACAACAAUAAUAAAGAGAAUACAUCGCUGAAAAAUGAUUAUGAAAUGACACUAACGCGCCAAACAGAAAUCAAACCAUGCGAGGAAGACGAUAAUGAUAUACCAGAAAUGAAAUACGAUUUGGUUCCCAUAUCGCAAUUGGCGAACCUAGAACCAUAUACAACUGUCGAUACAAUUGGUAUUUGCAAAGAAGUUGGCGAACUGCAAACAUUCCCUUCCGGCAAAAAAAGGCGUGAAUUGACACUGGUUGACUCCAGCAAUGCUGCUGUGAUUUUAAACCUAUGGAAUGAAGAUGCUGUCAAUUUCGAUGGGCAUGUACAACAACAAGUGAUUUUAGUUAAAGGUGCACGUGUAACGGAAUUUAAUGGUGAUAAGGAAAUAAACAAGGGCAAUGGCUCUGUUAUGAAAAUAAACCCGGAUAUCCCGGAAGGGCAUAAACUGCGUGGCUGGUUCGAUAAUGGCGGUGGUGCACAUAUUUCCAAUAUGAUUUCCACCAGAACCGGUGGUGGCUUUAGCACUGAGUGGUUAACAUUACACGAGGCCCGCAGCAGAAACCUGGGCGCUGGCGACAAGCCCGACUAUUUCCAAUGCAAAGUCGUUGUCCAUGUAGUUCAAUGUCAGAAUGCUUUCUACAAGGGUUGUCCUCAACCGAAUUGCAAUAAAAAGGUUAUCGACGAGAACAAUGGUCAUUAUCGUUGCGAGCGUUGCAAUGCACUUUUCCCCAACUUCAAAUACAGGCUAUUAAUUAAAAUGAGUAUAAGCGAUUGUACAUCAACAAGCAAGAUCACUUGCUUCAGCGAAGUGGGUGAACAGUUACUGAAUCGUUCGGCACAAGAAAUUGGUGAUCUACUCGAAAACAAUCCACCGGAAGGUGAAGAAGUGCUCUCCUCAAUCAAUUUCAAUUCGUACAUAUUUAAAUUGCGCAGCAAAAUGGAAGAGUUUAAUGGUGAGCAACGUAACAAGCUGACAGUACAAUCAGUCGCGCCCAUGGAUUACAAGGAGUACAAUAAAUAUUUCAUAAACAACCUUAAAGAGUUAACAGGCAUUAACAAAAAUUAAAUCAACUUGAAAUUGUUUACGUGAAUAUUAUUUAUGUUUAUUUCUAUCUGUUCGUGUUACACAUAAUACAUAUAUACUUUUAUUUAAUAUUCUUAAA